AUGAAGCUCACCGUCAUUGGCCGCUAUCAGAAUUCUCGCUGCUUCAAGUUGGCCGGGCGCCUUCAGUGCACUUACAAGGCCAACAAGAAGGCCUGGAUGACAUCGGAGAUGAUUCUCGAGUUCUUCACACACUUGGACCGCAAGAUGUCGAGCCAAAACAGGAACAUCCUUCUGCUUCUGGACCAGUGCGCCGCACACCCUAAGCAAGUUACGCUUUGCAAUAUAAAAUUAGUUUUUCUGCCGGCCAACACAACAAGCCAUCCACAGCCGUUAGGUGCCGGCAUAAUACGGAAUGCCAAGCACUACUUCAAAAGACUUCUUGUGCGUCAUCUCUUGGCCAAAAUCGAACGCAAAGACGAUAACUUGCAGAUCACCCUUUUGGACGCCCUGCACUUCAUCGCCAUGGCGUGGGAUCGUGUCACGCCCACAACUAUAGCGAACUGCUUUGACAAAUGCGGCGUUGUGGAGUCUGCGGCGACAGCCUCGCAGGAGUCUGAGGACGAUAUAUAG